GGCUCCGGAGCGGUUCGCGGCUUCGCUACAACGCCGACCACAGAGCUCGAACAGCAUGGGCACGAAGUAGGCCGCGCCACUGUUGGAGCAAGCAACGAGAGCGCUCAACAUCUCGUAGAACACAAAAUCGCACAGCGCUUCUUGGACCAAGAUCUGGACACCGACCUGCUUUGUCGACAUUUGUUUAUCGACUACCACGACGCGGCAGCAGGAGCGAGUUCCGUUGUCCGUGUGCUCUCCUACUUCGCACUGUUGUACGGAGAUGAAGAGAACUUUGGCGCCGGCGCCUCCAGCACGCUGAAAAAUAAUCUCUACCACCUGACGUGUCCGGCCGGGGAGGCACUUCUGGGUUUGCUUUGUCACGAGAAGCUCUGGUCGCGCAUCAACACGUACGGCUAUGGGAGCGAUGCUGCGGAGAAAACUUUAAGUAGUAGUGAGCCUUCCGCAAACGCAAACGAUCACUCAUCCGAGCAUGGGGCUGAUGGAGGUCGAAUUAGCGAAGGACAUCAGGCGGAUCUCCACAGACAAACGGAGUCUGCUGUCUCGGCCGCUGGACCGUCUCUUCACACGACCGCAACUUGGCAAAUGGAGAUCAUCAUACAGCGCUGGUUCGAAUUUUGGAGUGAUUGCAUUUUCGAGACGACAGCGUCUUCUGCAAGAUCUGAAGAUGAGGGCACGAUCAGCAGCACACCAGAUGAAAUCAGCUCGGCAGGUUCGGGAAGCCAAUUAUCGGGGGAUGUCAACGUAAAGAUGACACCAUCAACUUGGAGUUCCGUUUUCCCCACCAUGUCCGAAAUGUUCGCCUACUACAGCGCAUUCGCCGGCAAAGCGCACUUCUUGGAAUCCGGGCUGCCGGGGACCAAUGUUGCUGGGAGCGUCGGUUUGGAAAGUUUAGGCUUGUGUGGAUACGGCGGCGUUCCUGAUAGCGUUCUCGCGGAAGAUGAUCCUCGAACUAGCAUUCGCUUUGACACGACCGAAGUUCUCGAGACGUGUACCGUGAUUGCGAGUUUUCUUCACCAUGAAUCGCCCGCCUGGGCAAGUGAAACCCGAGGAGUCGAGGACAAUGUAUCUUCCCGAGAAACUUUUGCUGACGCCCGGCAACGCCAAGAUUCGGACCCUGGGCAGGAUGGCACGAGAGGAAGCACUGUUGAAUCGAGCAACGACACCUUUGCCCCGCACUCAAGCUGUCAAUCUCGACUGUUGGAUUUUCAUCACGACCAGGCACUAGUAAGCUCAAUGGUGGGAGGACGCGAAGAUGACGAACGGGGUGAAACUCAAACAUCGAGCGAAAAGCAGCCAAUGAAAGACCUGAAGAAACUCCUUCCCAACACGUUUCUGUACAACCCCAACGGCCAGGAUUGCGUCCUUUUGCACUGCGAAAUGAUGGGGCAGUUGAAGAAUACGUUCACGAGGCCGAGGUUUUUAAGCGAAGCCGCCUACAACCGGGACGAGAUGAGGAUGUUUGCACCUUCGUCCCCCGCCGAAAGGAGACCACCAGAAGCAGAAGCCCUCUUCACUACCGGCAGCACCGUGCGGAGCACUUUCGUUCCGAAGCGCAGGAAUAAUUACACCGAAGGAGUAGAAAGCGGAAGCGCAUGGUCCUCUCGUCCGCCCAAAGGAAUAGGCUCGAGCUCGACGUCAAUAGUUGUGCCAAGAAAACAUCACAAGUUCUACGUGUUCAGCCACUUUUGCGGAAAUCCGUCCUGGAUCAUGGAAUAUGCAGAGCUGGCCUGGACGGCGCGCUUGGACAUGCUGCGCGAACAGCUCGACGAAGAGGAGCUCAAUCGCAAUAAGGACAAAAUCCGGCAAGAUUGGGGCUUCAUGUUGCGGAGGGAAAAAGAAACGAUUGAUGUCGUCGCGGCUGGCAGCACAGGGGGAGGUGUAGUUGCUAGUGCUACAGCUACCGUUGAAGAUGGCGCUACGUCUAGUACUGAGCAAGGACGAUCUCUCGCUCAACAGCACUCCCUUGACCAUUUCAUUUUCAAACUUUUCGGUGCGGAGACGACACCGCAAUCCUAUUCGCACAAUCUGAAGAUGGAGCUUGCUGAGGUUGCUGCGUCGGCAGAUACUAGCGAAAGCGAACGACUAUACCACGAAGCAGAUUCAGGCCUAUGCCGCAUACAGCCGGUUGCUGCACCUUUUUCACACGCGCGUUGGCCAAAGAGCACCGAGCGCGCAGUGGAUGAUCUGCUUGCCGGGGCAGAUUUGAAGCUUUACGAGGAGGAACGGAAACAGAUACUGGAGGCACUACAACCGCCAGAAAGUACAUCACCUGGAGCGUCCAUUUCUGCAGGAGCUGCUGGUGAAGCGCAAAAUGAAAACCCAUUAUUUGAUAAGGCAAGCGCAGCAAUCCACGUUUCGUGCCACGUUUUUCUCGUCUGGCCCCAGGAGCAGGAUCUCCUUACCGAGCAUCGCGAAGCAACCUUUCCGUACUGCGACGGUGUGAGGAGCAUAGUGGUCAGCAGCGCUGUGGGAGACGUUCAGUCGCUGCGCGAGCGACUUCGAUCUGCUGGAAAGGUAGAAAGCGAUGCGAAUUCAAACAGCGACGCCGCUGGCCAGCGUGAUUCGUCGGCAGCACCGGUUCAACAUCGCAUCUUGAACCUGCAGGAGGUUUUCCCCCACACUCCGAUUCGUGUGGAUGAGUGGAUCUCUCGUGACGUCGAUAAAGAAGUCCCCACCACAUCAUCGUCAGAAGCGCCAGGAAGCAUGGAUUUGGCUACAAUUGCAGGACGAAACGGUGUCAGCAAUCGCGGGUCGAGAAGAGAACCACCCUCGUCUAGCGGCGGCAGCGGGCCGGCGGCAGCGCCGACACGGAACCUGCUGCAGAAAACGCAUUACGGCAUGGUCGCAGUGGCAGAUGCAGUUUACCAGGCGAACGUAGCGGAGGUGGAGCCUUCUUCUGCGGCUUCCGCACGAACGAAUGUGAUGAAGUGGCACUGCUUUCUCGAGUCAGAUGUCUACUUCAUUCCGGAAAAUUUCAAACGGUUUGUCUACAGCAGGUUCAUGAUGCUUGACAAGAAAACAAAUACCGAUGCUCAGGAGCAGAAUUUCGAAGAUCGCGACUCAAGGUCCUUCUGGCUUGGUCUGGUCCACAGCCACCGUGUUGCGGCGUCCGAAGGCUACUUGUUGGAGCCCUUGCAAGCGGGAUGCUUUACCGAGCGAGCGCUGCUGGAUUUUGCAGCUUUCUUGAAGACGAAAUUGUCGUCGCGUAGGGACGUUGAUGAAUUUCGUGCAGACACUGAAGAAGCCAGCUCACCAUCUCCAGACGCAGCGUCGAAAGCUGCCGUAGGGCUUUCAUAUAGCUCUGCGGAAGACGAAGAUUUGACGGACGUGAGACCCAGCGGCACGGACAAGGUGCUGUCUUCAGUUGAUGCGAAUUCUUGCGACGAUCCUUUUAAUCCGAACGUGGACAUGCUUUUCCUUCACGUGUUCUCGGCCUGCGUCAAGCACGUCCGACCGCUGAUCAGGUAUUUUCCUGCGCUGCCAGCUUCUGAGCUGCGGCGCAGCCUGGGCAGCCUGUCUUCCCCGGAUACGACUCAGCCUCGACCUGGCAUCAUCUUCGCUCCUUUUACCGAGCCGUACGGGCGUGUAUACCACGCGGGGCCGCUGAAUUUGAUGGGUUCUUUCACGCCCCGCCAGUGGCGCGCUUCCUCAUGGUCCUACCAAAUUCCGCAACUGGGAAACACAAAUGACCACUGGCUUCUGUCGAAUAACAAGGCGAUGUCGUACUAUCUCUGUCUCGGGGACCAGUUGGAAAUUGCGGAAGCUGAGAAAACGGAGGAAAGAAACGCGGAAAUCGUGGCGAAGAGCUUGCUAGCGGAAAAUGACGAUGAGCAGGAUGAGAUGCAGAAGGUGGACCACCAUAAGGUUGAGAACGUAGAAGACAGCGAUGCAGCCCCCGAGAGCAGUAUCAGAGUAACGGGAAAAGAGCGACAACUACCCCAGGAGGCGAAAUUGUCGAAAAAAUCAGCUCUACUUGGAAAAUUGAAUCUCGUGUCGCGCUACCCAGUUUCCUUCGACGGGCAUUUUUCGGUAGAGAAAAGCCUCUUCUUUGUCGGGAAAACAGCUCCUCGGAAACAGAACUUCCCGAUUCGCAUUCUUCACCGCAUGGUCCGGCUGCAGCAGUUCGACUGUCCAGAGAAAUUUUGCGGAACGUUGCGCCCGGUGGUCUGGGGAAGGGAGAUGGCGACGCAGGAUAGAAGUGUCGGCGAAGACGUUGGAAUAGAUGGUAGCCCUUCGCCUUUUUCGGACAAGUGUGGAAAGGGUCUAGUAGCCGCGACGGGUGUUUACCCUGCGACGGAAAGAACGGCGGAAAAUGAUGGGCGGGAUGAUAUUGAUGUCACAGAUACCACACCCUGCCCGGUCACCGAGCAUCAAGAGAAAGAGGAUCCAACACACAGCUCUCUUCCUGAAGCCAACACUACCGCUAUCGUCGCUGCACUCAAACACCGCGUGUCCAUGAUGUGGAAAAAUGAUCUGUCUGGCACAGCCCGAGCGCUUUUGGCGACGCUGCCCACGGCGAGAAAUGCUUUGUUUUGGACCUUUCUGUGGACCGCCGCAUUCUUCGACGAAGGGGCGAGUAGUGGCGAAAAGUUGGGAACGCUUUCCGACACGCUGCGGGAAACCGUGGUGGAAAAGAUAGAAGCUUGUUGGGUGUCUGCCGGCCUGGACAGGAGGCUGGGAAUUGCAAGAGAAGCGGAACUGAUUGAUCAGUUUUUGCGAGAAUGUGGGACAACAUAGGGGCAAUCUAACACCAAGAUCCUUGCUAUACCCAAAAGAGGUAGGACACUUGAACUCGUCACAGACACUGAGGACAAGCGAUCUAAUGAUAAGAAUGGCCGAAAAAAACUUGAAUGAUGCUACCUUGAGAAGUAGCACUCUUUGCUGUAAGGGAUGGCGCGCGCUUUGUUUGCAGGUCGAAGGUCUUCACUAAUAUCGACAUCACCGAGCAGCUCCGGCUCCUAC